AUGAACACAGAAAGCAUUUCUCAAUCUGACUUCGCCGUUCUUGAAUCUAUAAGAGACCAUCUUCUCAAUGAUUCUGAGUUUUCCGAUGAUUUUUCGACGACAAGUUCAAGCAAUACUGCACCGGUUGAUGACCCGAUUUCAAGAUUUAGCAGUGAACUUUUACCUGGGAGUUGGGUAGAAAAAGAAAUGCAGUUUAAUGUAAAUCAUUACCCGGAAAUGGUAGAAGAGUUGGUAGUGGCGAGUUCCAGUCACGCGCCACCACAAUGGACGAGGUAUAGAGGCGUGAGGCGGCGACCUUGGGGAACGUUUGCUGCGGAGAUAAGGAGUCCGGCGAAGAAAGGGACGAGAGUAUGGCUUGGGACGUACGAGACGCCUGAGGAUGCUGCAUUGGCUUAUGACCGAGCAGCUUUUAAACUGCGUGGCUCUCGGGCUUUGCUUAAUUUUCCACAUCUGAUCGGAGGCAAGAUUUCGGAGCCAGUGAAGGUGGCGCCACGGCGGCGGUCACCGGAGUCUCCAUCGUGUUUGUCGUCGUCCGAAAGUGGAGAGAAGAGGAGGAAGAAGGUGGUUGAUAGUUCAGUGGAGGUGUCACAAAUGAGCACAUUUACACCUGAGGAUCCAUUUUUGCUAGACUGCUGGUGGAAUUGA